AUGUACUCCCAACGAAACCACUCUGAAAGUCUUCUCACUCAGCCAUUUCAUCCUCCGGCUGAGGACCAGCUUGUCGACCAGGGGUUUAUACAAGACCAACUGCAACAACAGCCGCCUUAUAGCCAAGAGCAAUUGGACGAUAUCAAUUUCAACACGUCCCAGCUAAUGCUCUCUUCCAAUGCCUUUGCUCUACAGUCAUUGGAUGGUAGUAUGCCGCAGAGCGCUCUACCUGCUGAAUGGCCACUUUACUCGGACGCAUUAACUGGAAUGGCUGAUGUCAAUGUUUAUGAUAGCGACUUGAUGACUGAUAAUCCAAUGAUCGGCGACCCAGCCUGGCAGCUCAUAUCAUCGCAACAGGCCUCUCAGCUCGCCGAAUCGCCAGCUCAAUCUCUUUCCAACAAUGCGAACAUGAUCGUCAAUGACCAACUACCUCGAGCUCAGACCCCAGGUCCGCAUCCCAGGAUGAACGCACCCCAUUACUUGCACAUGCGUCGUCGCAGUCUUUCAGCAGACAACAUACAUGCGCUGGCAAAAUACCAGGCGACUCAGAGAAAGACCGUAUUUGGGAAUCAACAACAAUCGGCAUGCCAAUUUGAUCGUUCUCAGUUUGCACGGACUCAAACUGUAACCGAAGUUAUUGAGACUGAGGAUCAAUUACAAUCUCAUGGCAUAAAAUUGGAACCGCAAGCUGCCUUUCAACAUGCUUCAGGCAAUAUGAUCAUCGAUCCUCAGGUUACCAGCAAUGGCAAUUGUCAAGUUAACGAUAACGAACAGCAGCAUUCAUCUUCAUCAAACCCUUCCACACCAGACGGCGAGCAAAUCAAACACGCCCAAAAGCAGUCAGAAUUUACAGCUAGGUUUAAAAUCAGAUUGGAUAAGAAGCCUCAGAGAAUGCCUAAUAUUCAUGCAAACCCAAACAUCCUUUCCGCUACUACUCAAUCAAAGAUUACCAUGUUGCCAGGUGUCAUCAGCGCUCUAUCCAGUGGAAUGGAAUUGGGAUCUUCCAUUUCUACUCCAAGUACUCCAACAUUCUCACCUGAUAACGGAUCUCAUGUAGACAACAAACCGUCUGCUCCUCCUCGGCGUGGUCAUACACGCAAGAGAUCUCUCUCUGCGCCACAAGCGUUCAAUCCCCAGGGGAUAUCCGGUGCUAUGCCUCUUCAAACUGUCCAGCCGUUCCCAUUUAAUGUCCCACAAACUCCUCGUAGACUCAAUGCCCUGCCUAUUCAAAUCUCAAGGAGCCAUAAACAUAGUUACAACAGUACACCAAUGUCGUCGGAAGAAUAUCAGAGAAAAUUGGACGAAGAGUUGGAAAAGGUCGACUUUGAGGAUAUUACUGUAAGCGAAUUGAAAGACAUGUUACGUCAAAGGGGUAAACCCGCAACUGGAAAGAAGGCAGUUUUGAUGCAAAGGUUGCAAGAAGAAAUGACUCAUCUGAAGGCUAAACAAAUCCAACAGCAACAGAAUAAACAGAAUCCACAGAAUCCACAGAAUCUGCAGCAGCAAACAGUCAAGCCUAAACCCCAACAGCUCGGGAACACUGGUAACAUCAGCUUGACGAGUGGUCAAUUCGGUCAAAUGAUUUCGUCCCCAACAUCGCCAUCUGGCAUAUCACUUCAGCAUAGCCUGGGUAAUCUCCAUAUUUCUAGCCCGCCCGCUCAUUCUCGACGCUACAGCCCAUACACUAGUGUUAGCAUUCCCAAUAGUCCUAGGAUGCAUCCGAACAGAUCGUCUGCCGGAUUCAACGGUGGAAGUUUCCCAUUUGGAGCUAAUGAAGACUGGCAGUUCAGUAACGCUGCUAUUCCCAGUCCCGGCUUUGUAGGUCAAGCAAGUACGCCAAUGGAUGAACAUGUUUUUAUGCUUAUGAUGGACAAUCAACAGACAUCGCCCCAGCAAGACUAUUUUGGUCCACAAGAGCCAUCCUCCGCUCCAGCUACUACCACAGAAUUUGCCUAUCAAACUCCAUCUUCAGCACCUGCCACUACUACGGAAUUUGAAGGAUUCCAACAGUCUGCGCAACCCGCACAAGCUGUCAACAGAGAAUUCGUUAAUCCUUUGUAUGUGAAUAUGGACGUGCCUAUGGGUAUGAUGGGUGUUAAUUAUAAUGGGGGAAUGACUCAGGAUGCUGAUCAACCCCCAGCUUCGACCAAUGCGAUGAAUGGAGUCUUGGCCUCUCAGGCGGGUUUGGGAUUUGCGUUUGACCAGCAGCAAGCUAUGUUGAUGAAACCAGAUGAGUCUUGGAAUGCUUGGCCAUAA